ACGUACAUACUAUACUAUCUGGAGUCUAUAUUUAAUUUCUUGAUCGAUCGAGCUGAGGUAAAUACACUACCGAUAGAUACUGUACACACAGACAUGAAAGAGGCGAUGAGUAACAAGGUGUGGGGGUUGUAUAUGUGUGUGUUUUUGGCAGUUUUGACGGCAACGGCGGUGCCUGCUGGAUGUGUAGCCAACUGUUCUUUUCCGGCCAUCUUUAACUUCGGCGAUUCCAACACCGACACCGGAGGUUUCUGGGCAGCUUUUCCGGCUCAGCGCCCUCCGCACGGCAUGACCUUCUUCAAGAAACCGGUCGGACGGGCCACCGACGGCAGAGUCAUCGUUGAUUUUCUUGCACAAGGUUUAGGAUUGGCAUUCCUGAGUCCAUACUUGAAGUCAAUAGGAUCAGAUUACAGAAAUGGUGUCAACUUUGCAACAUUGGCUUCCACUGUUAGGUUGCCGCAUAGUUCCCUGUUUGAUACUGGUGUCAGCCCUUUCUCCCUGGCAAUUCAGUUCAACCAAUUCAAGCAGUUUAAGGUUAUGGUUGAUGAACAAGAACAAGAACAACAUCAUUCCUACAACCAUGGGAAUACAAAAUUACCACCUAAAAACAUAUUUGGAAAAGCACUGUACACAUUCUACAUUGGCCAAAAUGACUUCACUGGCAAUUUGGCAUCACUGGGCAUAAAUGGAGUCAAGCAAUUCUUACCUGAAGUGGUUGGUCAGAUCGCGAGCACCAUCAAGGAUAUUUACACGUUGGGGGGCCGAACAUUUUUCAUUCUGAACCUAGCACCAAUUGGCUGCUAUCCAGCAUUUCUGGUUGAACUUCCUCACAAUAAUUCUGAUAUAGACCAGUUUGGGUGCAUGAAAUCGUACAACAAUGCAGUGGUGGACUACAACAACAUGCUAAAAGAUGCACUAAGACAGACAAGACAAGAUCUUAAGGAUGCAAAUGUGGUUUAUGUGGACACUCAUAGUAUCCUCCUGGAGCUCUUCCAGCACCCCACAUCCCACGGAUUGAAGUAUGGAACAAAAGCGUGCUGCGGGUAUGGAGGAGGGGACUAUAACUUCAACAAGGAAGUGUUCUGUGGAAACACGAAAGUUGUGAACGGGCAGACCGUGAGCGCGGGAGCUUGUGAGGAUCCAUACAACUACGUGAGCUGGGAUGGAAUACACGCCACAGACGCUGCAAAUAAACUCACUGCAAAAGCUAUUUUUAAUGGCUCUUAUUUUGAUCCUCCAUUUCCACUCCACCACUUCUGUCAUAUCCAUCCUAUAGGCUAGCCUUAAUUAUUAGCUUAAUUUUCUCUCUUAGUUAUUAGUUAUGGAAAAUUGGAAAGCAUGAAUCUGUUACAUUGGAGAUUUUGAGUAAUA